CCUGAUGUUAACCUCAAUACAGCAGCUUCCCUCAAGACACUCCAGAAUAUCCCGACCAAUACUUUUACAAGGACCAGCAACCACCAUCAGAAGAUUAUAAUCCAUAUUCCUCAGACAUCUCACCAGCACCUGGGAAUACCAAUAAUGGUGCACAAGGUCAGCAAGAGGGUCAACGGUCACACGACUACUUUCAACAUAACCAACCAAACUCGCCAGCCAUUCAUCAGCAGCCCUUAGCUCCGGACCCUCAAUCGCAAGUGCUUCCCCCUCAAGUACGGCACCAACAUCCUUCUUCUCAAGCUCCACAGCAACAUCAAUGGCCCCCUCCUAAUCCGCAUUACUACCAUCACACAGCGGAUCAGGUCUACUCUCCGAGGCAAGACUCGGCGGCCCGUUUCCCCACAAGGAACUCUGAGGAAUACGAUGGGGAUCGCUCCUACCGUUCUCAGCGGCGUGCCAAGAAAUAUGGGGGGGUUAAAGAGCCAGAGAAGCGAGCCUCACUCUAUCCAGCUUCGAUGAUGAGCUAAUUAGUGUCUGUACAGGCCUCAACAGAUUCAAAUCAUAACUCAGGGAAAAGAUACCGGAUCUAGCUCAACAGACAUAGCGAACCAGAUGCAAAUGAUGAUGAUGAAUCAGAUGAUGAUGCAGCAAAUGCAUUCGCAACAAAUGCAAGCAGCACAGAUGGCAGCGAUGACACAACAGACAUUCCAAAGUUUACAAAACAGCGGCAACAACAAUAAUCAAAACAGCAACCAAAACAACGAUUGGGCGCCCAAAAAGAGGAGUCGAAAGUCUAAACCAGCGGUGAAUAUUCAAACCAUUCAACACAUGUCUGCGCGUAAAAGAUCUUCCAAGACCAAGGUCAUUCAAGCUGCUUCGCCUCAAGCUCCCGAAAUUGUCGUCCUUCGGCCACCCCCUGCUGCUCCGCCAGCGCCACCAGUUAUAGCCCCUCCCUCAACUGCCGAAUAUGUCGAUAAUAUGGCCAUCGACAAUUGGCAAGAAGCUACUAUCAUUUUAUGCUUUGCAGCUAUCGGAUUAAUUUAUUUGAUUUGUUCGCGAGCUAACGAUAAAGGCGACGGGAAAGAAAAGAAACCAGACUUGGCAAAAAAGCACCUGUCCUGAUUCUUGUCUUCCUUUGCAGGGUUCGAAAUAUUUUUAUUGUACUUAUCAUCUAUCUUCUAGACUUUGGGUGUGAAUCCACUAUGCCAACCAUUUUUGCUGGCCAAACGGAGUAGAAUAGCUGCCGAGAGAUCGACGUAACAUUCUUUCAUCUGUGAAGCACUUUGCUGUCUUCCGCGACCUCCUUUCAGCCUUCCCUUCACAUUAACAAAAAGGAUAGGGCUGUCAGUCGCAGCAAAUCUGGAGUCGCGGUGUUAGGCAAAGUUUUAAAAGGUUCAGGUUGGUAUUCACAAAUUUAUUGCGGUUGGCGAUAUCCGGAAAAUGGAGCCGUACCCCUCCUAUGAAGAGGGGUUACCUUCAGAAUACCUCUCACCCGAAUAUAUUGAUCCCCUAUAUAUUCCGACACCAGAAUACCUCCCAUCCGACGAGUACCCACCACCAGCAAGGUACGAUAUUCCGAUGGAUUAUGGACACCCCGAAGGUUACCAGCCACCAUUUCAGCCAGUGUAUCAGUUUGUUCCUCAAGGAUACAAAGACAGCGAUGCGCUCGAUGGCAUCAUUAUAGACGAUCACUGGAUAGAUCCUAACAUUGACGAUGAGGAUGAUGUGUGGUCCGAAGAGUCUUGGAUCCCAUAUUCAUCGCAUGCAGUGCCCAACCUCAGAGACUCCGCAGUCUCCCCAACAAGUCAAAGUGGCAAUCAGCAAGUAGUCAUUGCUCCCCUAACCAAUUGGUACCCAACGCCGUCUGACCUUAGACAACAUUACUGUGACCUGCAUCAAUCAGAGUGUCUGCAUCAGCAAAUGCCUGUAGAAACAAACUCGACUGAGAGGAGUAAUACUACUCUUGAAGAUGAUCUGACCCAGGGCACUGACCUGAAGCACAUCGAUUGGUCAGGAGUCGGACUCGCUUUCACUUUACUCCUUAUUAUUCUUUUCGCGAUACACGCGAGCUGGUCAGGCGACGAUGAGGAGGAGGGGGAGAACAAGGGAAAAGACAGCCCAGGGAGUAGAUCACACAGUAAAGACAAGAACGAAUCGAGUAAAAAAAAAGGAGAAACGAAGAAGGAACAAAAGGAAUCAAGAAGCGACAAAGACAACGAGAAAAAAGAAGCAGGAAGAAAAAACGGUGAUGAGAAAGAUAAUGAUAAAGACAAGAAGAAAUCAAGUUCAAGGAUCUCUUCAAAGAAUGACGCUGCCGAGGGUAAUGAUGACAAGGGAUCUUUGAAAGGUAAAGGAGAAGGGGAGAAGAAAAAAGAUGGGAGCAGCAGCAAGUCUAAAAAACCCAACGAUGACAAGAAGUCUUCCGAGAAAAGCGACAAAGUUGAUGGCGACAAGAAAUCAGAUCCGAAAAAAGAUGACAAAGCCGAAGGAUUGGAGAAGAAAGACGUUAAGAAGAAGUCUUCGUCCUCAGACGACAAGAAGGAAGACAAGAGGGGCAGUGGUGGGGAAAAGAAGGAGGAAAGGAAUAAGAAGGAGGAAAGGAAUAAGGAAGAUGAGAACAAAGCAAGCAGGGGCGAGAAAAAAGAAGAUAAGAAUUCCAAUAGCAGGGAAAAGAAAGACGACAAGAAAGCUGCUGGCGAUAAAAAGGAGGAUAAAAAGGCAACAGGGGAAAAGAAAGAUGAGAAGAAAGCAGCAGGCGCAAGUAGAAAUAAGGACGAUAAGAAAUCCGCUACAGGCGAGAAGAGAGAUGAGAAAAGGGCUGUUGGAGCAGAAAAGAAAGAUGAUAAGAAAGUUGCCGCAGCAGACAAGGACGAUAAGAAAGCAGCCGGAGGAAACAGGAAAGACGACAAGGAAGCAACUGGAGCAGAGAAGAAAGCAGCUGGAGCAGAGAAGAAAGAUGAUAAAAAAGCCGGAGACACGAAGGCAGAGAGAAAAGUGGAGAAAAAGGAAGUGGAGGGAGAGAGGAAGAAGGACGAUAAGAAAGUAGGAGAGAAAAAACAUGACGAAAAAGUGGCCGAAGGUGACAAGAAGAACGACAAAAGCCAAAGCGGACGAAAGAAGCACGAUGAGAAAGUAGGAGAGAAAAAACAUGACGAAAAAGUGGCCGGAGGUGACAAGAAGGACGACGAAAGCCAAAGCGGACGAAAGAAGCCUUCUUCUGGAGAUAAGGAAGGUGGGGACAAAAGGCUUGACCAUAAGAAGACAGAUAAAAAAAAUAAUGAGGAGAAAGACGACAAAAAAGCUGGAGAGAAAAAGUCUGGAAGCAAGGAGGGCGAUAAGAAGCCGGGAGACAAAAAAGGUGACAAAAAGGCGGAAAAUAGGAAUGAGGAAGCUGGUAAAAAGCCUGCAAACGAGAAAGAAGCGGUCAAUAAGCCAGGUGAAAAGAAAGAGAUGGAUAAAAACCCUAAAGAUAACAAGGAAAUGGACGAGAAACUGGCAGGAGACAAGAAAAAUGAUGGGAAAAGUGAGAAAAAAGGAAAAGGGUCUGUAUUAGAGGAAAGGGGGGGAGAAGGAAAAGGCGACAAGAAGGAAUCGAAGAAGUCCGGAAAUGACAAACGGAAGCAUGAAAAGAAGUAUGAAGAGGACAAGGAAAGAGAGGGGACGAAAGAAGAAGGCAAGAAGGAUAAAAGCGAACAGAAGGAUGAUCCAAAGAAAGAUGGAAAGGGAUCAUUAACUUCUGGGUCCAGCAAAACGAAAAACGAGAAAGACGAUGAAAGAUCGUGGUUCAGUUCUCAUAUACUAAUCGGUCUCUUGCUUCUUCUUCCCUUGCUUGCCAUGACGGGCCGAUCUCGAAUGCCUAUCAUCUAUGACCCGGCUGCGAAUCGCCCGUCCAUUCUGACCGGUAGUGGGCUUGGAGAUAUACUUGCGUCACCCGUUAUGGCAGCUUCGAAGGGUCUAAAAAGGGCAACAACCAGUCCAAGGGCAAGCUCGUCUGGCGCUCGAUGGGUAGUCAAUGAACAACCUGAACCAAAAGCACACAUUCACAUUAACAAUGUCAAUUCUCAGGGAAACGGUAAUCCCAUCAACAUAAGGGAACCAUCGAGUGAACCGGCGGUUGAGAUUACUGUCGAGGAAUCAUCGCUUGCUGCCGAGCAAUUACUCAAUCGACCGCAUUCUCCUCCUGUGCUGGAGGAGGAGAGAAUUUGGGAGCCAAUCAACUUUCGUUUCACAGGUCCUGCAAAUCCCGAUCGUCUUUGGAACAUGAUUUUUGCAUGUUUCAUAGUUGCGUUGCCGUUGAUCGUAGACCAGGUAAUGGAUUACCCCGAACGCAGGUACUCACAGCCAGAUUAUCUUCCACCAGCCUCCCAACUCAUCCUUCUAAGUGCCUCAUUCCUCAUCUGUGCAGUUAUCGGCGACUGGCAUUUUGGCUGGUCAAGCACCAUCGCCCCGUUUGCAGAAGUCUCCAUAUCAGGAGCACAGCGCGGUUUGACUCCGUUAAUUGUCGGUGUAGUUGAGACAGGCGAGUCUCUAAUUUGGAGUCUUGAAGAUGUAAUGUUCGGAGAUGGGAGAGUCUUGCUGGGAAUGGGCCUCGCCGCUCUUGGUGUGGUUUUGUUUAGCCAGAGACAGCCUAGUCUGGACGUGCCAAAGACUGACUACGCGUCUAGUACUGUUCAAGCAAUGUAUUUCUUGGGUGCCUUGUUGAUCGGAAUGUUUGUAUGGAAUGCCUAGUCGUAUCCGAAGUGAUGCUGUAAAGCCUAUCAGAAUCUUGCUAGAAGUGCUACUGAUGAGUGCGGGACGUCCACUGAUAUGAAUGUUAUGACUCGUUCCCAACAAGGUCCGGUCUUGAAGACGAGAUGGAAAGCCGUAGUUUAUUAAGCAAUGAAGUAUGUGUAUGAUAUGCUCCUUGACACUUGUCCGUCGGUGGAUGGUAUAGGGCGGAAGUAUUUAUGCUUGGGAAGAUCAGGCAAGCUUAUAUACUAGUGAGUUAUGUUUAUGUAGAAGGGUUGUGCAAGGUAAGACGAGAGCGAGCAAUGGGAGCUCGAGGACCUUUCCCAAAGUAACUUAUGAAAUACUGAUCUUCAAGGGAAAGGAAAUCAAGAUCGCGGAGGACGGACCUGCAAGUAUUGUGGAAACUGUAAAAAGAUGACGACUAUGAUGGAGGGAGUGGAAAAGCAGGAUGACCGCUUGAAAAUUGUCAGCUGGCUCAAGUCAGUCCUUUGCCAAUUUUGCAGAUAGGGAAUGUAGUAUGUUUUGUUAAUCGUGCCGGUAGCAACUCGUGCCAUGAGUUUCUGUGGCUGCAAAGUAAUGCUGGAAACCUUAG